AUGCUGCUGUCCGCUUCAAUCCCUCUGUCAUUUCUUGUCUGGGCAUGCUCGGCCUAUAGCCCUUCGGAGCGAACAUUUACUGUCAAUCAUUUCUAUGGCCAACAGAAUCUCAUCACAGCACGAAUGGAUCCCAUUCUCUCUCCGGAUGGUCCCUCAGGCCAUGUGCAUGCUGUCCAGGGCGGGAAUGCUUUUGCUAUGAGUAUGUCGGAUGAACAGGCCCUCAAAUCAACAUGCACUUCAUCCUUGGUCAAGAACGAUAAGAGUAACUAUUGGACCCCGGCUCUGUAUUUCCAGGACCCUGAGACCGGCAAACUAGAAGCUGUAGAGCUAUCCUACAUGCAGGUCUACUACUUUUUUGAGGCAACGUCUGACGUAAUCAAGCCCUUUCCGCCCGGCCUCAGAAUCGUAGUCGGCGAUCCAAGCUUGCGCACUCCACCUGCCACUGGAGGCCUUUUGAUCAAUGAUCUCUCUGAAGGGACACCUCAGCCAGUUCAGUGGACUUGCCCGAGAUCUAACGAUAGACCACCUCUCUACCCAGAAAACUCUGAUGGCCUAAAUGGUGCCGGCAUUCAAGAUCCAAGAAAUCCAGGCUCUGGCGUCGGAUUUCCCGAUCGAAACUGUGAUGGAUUUGCCUCUCCUCUGCGAGCAGACAUCCACUUCCCAUCAUGCUAUAAUCCUGAUGCGGGCUUGAGGGACUACAAAAAUAAUAUGCAGUUUCCAACUAAGGGUAACUGUCCAUCUGGCUGGGUGCAUGUUCCUCAUCUCUUCUACGAAGUAUACUGGGACACAGCCAAGUUCGCUGAUCGCUGGAGCCAGGGAGAUGGAAGCCAACCCUUUGUGCUUGCCAAUGGUGAUCCCACUGGAUAUAGCCUUCAUGGCGAUUUCAUCGCGGGCUGGGAUGUGCAGACGCUGCAACAGAUCAUUGAUAACUGCAACACGGGCACAAGUGCCAUGCAUACCUGCCCUGGCCUGAUUGGUGGACUGGAAGAUCCAUCUACAACAUGCACCAUUGACAAUCCCUUUCCCAAGGAAGCAGUAUCCGGUGUCCUCUCUGCCUUACCAGGCGAUAACCCUAUCGGCGCCUGGGGCCGAAGAAAGAAAUCUGUGCGAUCGUCACUCCUAUCUUCUUUCUCAGGAUUGUUUACUGCUGCAGAGCACGCAAAUGCUCUGCUAGGGAAGAGGAGCUCCAUCGUUUCUUCCCCUCGAAACGCUCAAUUGCAGCCUGGCUGGUCAUAUGUCGGCUGCCACGCUGACAACGACCGAGAAAACAACUUUGUCGCCAACUAUACAUCCCUGGAUCUCGCACCCAAAUCCCUGACAAAUGCCAAAUGCGUAGCUUAUUGCGAAAGAGCUGGCUAUUCUAUCGCUAGCACGAGAAACGGCAGUCAAUGCUAUUGUAACAACGCUACAACCUUCUCUAAGAAAAUUCCAUCAAAUUCUUGCGAUGUGCCUUGUGAAGGUGACACUAGUCAGACCUGUGGAGGAACCUCUUCUAUCAGCGCAUACUCAAAAGACCUAAGCUAUACUAAAACUCGUCCUCGCAUACACAAAAACGACAUAUUUUUAUAA